AUCAGAAGGAGGUGAUCCUUGCCGAUGAUGGUUUACCAACUGUCAGAACCGCCCCUUCUGCUAUGCCCACCAGGAGACCUUUGGAGGUUAAAUGAAACAUGCAGUCUUAGAAGAGAGCUGAAGCCACUGUGACACCAGUUUGAGAAGGCUGUGUGACAGAAACCAAUUUGAGUGGGCCAAGCCAUAGUCUUAGGAGCCAGAGCACUCUGCGGUCCAGGACAGUGGGUGAUGCUCCUGCUGUCACAUGGCUCUUCUAAGCCAAUGGGAGGAAGUAAUAAACAGUGAGCCUGCUCCUUCCUAGACAUCCGCACAUACUUCUGCUUACAUUUCACCAGACAGAACUCAGUACUCAGAAAGAAGCAAUAACUCUGUCCAAGAUGAAGAGAGAUGAUGAUUACAAUAACUAGAAUCAUCAUCAUUAUACAGACGCGUUUCUGACUAAAAGCCAAUGAAACUAAAUAAGCAGACAAGUAAGGAAUGAGACAGAAGCAUGUGGCCACCAGAAGCCCGAGGCACCAGAUUAUCCUGGUGAACUCCAUUGUGGGCUGCAAAGUCUUCAGUUCACCAUAAACCUGAGCCAGGGGACAGCAGCUCCUACUCUGAUAGCCUGGGACAACCACGGGCUGCCACACAGGCUGCAGAAUGACUCUGGCUGUGGAACCUGGCUAAGGGAAGGCCCAGGCAGCUCCAUGGUGCUAGAAGCCUCUUACAGCAGCUGCUAUGUCACCGAGUGGGUAAGGACAACCCAAUCGCCACGAAUGCUGCGAACCCCUGCACCACCAUCAGGGGUGACUCCCCAGGAUCCCCACUAUAUCAUGCUACUUGGAGUUGAAGGAGCAGAUGUGACUGAACGCAGCACGGUUACAAAGACAAAGCUGCUUAAGUGUCCUGUGGAUCCCCCAGCCCUAGAUGCUCCAAACGCUGACCUGUGUGAUUCUGUCCCAGUGUGGGACAGGCUGCCAUGUGCUCCUUCACCUAUCAGUCAAAGAGAUUGUGAGAAGGUUGGUUGCUGCUACAAUUUGGAGGCUAAUUCCUGUUACUAUGGAAACACAGUGACGUCCCACUGUACCCAAGAUGGCCACUUCUCCAUUGUCGUGUCUCGGAAGGUGACCUCACCCCCACUGCUCUUAAAUUCUGUGCGCUUGGCCUUCAGGAAUGACCAUGAAUGCACCCCUGUGAUGACAACACACACCUUUGUCACCUUUUGGUUUCCAUUAAAUUCCUGUGGUACCACAAGACGGAUCAUUGGAGACUGGGUAGUAUAUGAAAAUGAGCUGGUCGCAACUAGAGAUGUGAGAGCUUGGAGCCAUGGUUCUAUCACCCGUGACAGUAUUUUCAGGCUUCAAGUUAGCUGCAGCUACUUGAUCAGCAGCAAUGCCUCCCAGGUUAAUGUCCAGAUUUUUACGCUCCCACCACCCCUUCCUGAAACCCAGGCUGGACCCCUUACUCUGGAACUCAAGAUUGCCAAAGAUAAGCACUAUGAAUCCUAUUACACUGCCAGUGACUACCCAGUGGUGAAGCUGCUUCGGGAUCCCAUUUACGUGGAGGUGUCUAUCCGCCACAGAACAGACCCCCACCUGGGGCUGUUCCUCCAGCACUGUUGGGCCACACCCAGCACAAACCCCCAACAUCAGCGCCAGUGGCCCAUGCUGGUGAAAGGGUGCCCCUACGCUGGAGACAACUAUCAGACGCAGCUGAUCCCUGUCCAGAAAGCCCUGGAUCCUCCAUUUCCAUCUCACUACCAGCGUUUCAGCAUUUUCACCUUCAGCUUUGUGGACUCAGUGACAAAGAAGGCACUCGGAGGAUCGGUAUACCUACACUGUAGUGCGUCCAUCUGCCAGCCUGCUGGGACACCAUCCUGUAUGAUAACCUGUCCUGCUGCCAGGAGAAGAAGAAACUCCAACAUCCAUUUUCAUAACCAUACUGCUAGCAUUUCUAGCAAGGGUCCCAUGAUCUUACUCCAAGCCACUAAGGACUCCUCAGAAAAGCUCCAUAAAAAACCAAGUUCUCCUGUAGAUUCCCAAGCUCUGUGGAUGGCAGGCCUUUCUGGGACCUUAAUCAUUGGAGCCUUGUUAGUGUCCUACUUGGCUAUCAGAAAAUGGAGAUGAAUUAUUCCAGUUGUGUUAAUAAAACCAGACUGAACUAUC